AUGCGGAAGAAGUGUGGAAGGUUCUUCCGUGGAUUCCUGCGGAAGAAGGUUCUGCAGGAUCUUCCGCAUGAUCCAACGGAAGAAGGUUCUGCAGGAUCUUCCCCAACACGAGGUUUAGGUCGUGCGUUAGGAGCUGGUAGAGGUAGAGGCAUUAGUGAGGAUGCGCAUGAGGCUGAUGUUCCUCGGCGUCGCAGGCCUACUGCUUUAGCACGUAGGCAACGGGUUCGUCUGCGUGAGGACGUCACAGAGAGACCUGAGGAUGUGCCUCAGUUGCAUGAGGAUGUUUCUCAUGUGUCUGAUGCCACCCCAGAGAUGACAGGCGCCGUCGAUGCUGUUCAGACAGAGAGAGUGGCUACUGAUGGGAGCUUGGGGUCACCUGCUGCAGAUGAGGGAUUCCCCAGUGGACCACGCGACCCAUCGAUUUUGACCGAUUUUGCUGAGCAUGAACAACCCGAUCUGAAGUUGGUCUCCCACGGUAGAAAAGUAGAUAAAAUUGGGAGACCAGCGCCUGAGAUCAAAGGGUUGAUUGCUGGCACCGGAUUGAGUCCACUGAUCAGGUGUUCUGUUAUCACCACUGAUCCUGGACUUAUAUCCGCCUUCGUCGAGAGGUGGCAUCGCGAGACUAGCAUGUUCCACCUGCCAGUAGGCGAGUUGACGAUCACGGUGGAUGACAUGGCGUCACUCCUACACGUUCCCAUCACUGGCGCACUGCAUACAUUCGAGCCGCUGGUUACUUCAGACGCGAUUGGUCUACUGACGGAGCUUCUUGAGGUCCAUCAUGAGGAGGCUACAUUUGAGACCCGACAGGCUGGUGGGCCUCAUGUCCAGUUGGGGUGGCUUCGGGACUUGUAUGAGAGCCAGUGCAGGGCCAGACGAUGGGUUGUAGCAGCCCACACGUAUCUGCUCCACUUGGUGGGUUGUACUAUUUUCGCCAACAAGAGUUCAACCCAUGUACAUGUCGUGCACCUGGAGGCUUUCAGGGACCUGGCCCAGGCAGGGGGAUUCGCCUGGGGAGCGGUUGCAUUAGUCCACAUGUACGAGCAUCUGAAUGACGCGUCGCAGUGCUGGAUAUACGAGCACUUUCCUACAGUGCAUACAUCCUUCGUUCAUGAUGCUUAUGAUGAGGAGAGCCCACGGGCCUGCAGGUGGCUUACGGGUAAGGCUCAUAUGACGGGGAUCAAGGGAGCCUCGUAUCGGAGACGUUUGGAUGCCCUGACUGUGACUGAUGUGUGCUGGAUGCCCUAUGGUGAGCACCAGGGAGUCAAAGGCUUUGACUUGAUAUCGUCGUACACCGGUCAGCUCAGAUGGGGUCAGAUUGUGGUAUACAUUCGACCUGAGCGGGUUCUUCGACAGUUUGGCUACCUUCAGACGGUCCCUCCGCCACCGGUUUGUGAUUCUUUGACGGGUGAUGAUAUAGAUGACCGGUGGCUGCAUUUUUCAGACCAUUUGGUGCCUUCAGGGGAGCUCUGUGUAGUUCCUGGACAGGUGGCGCCAGACUACAUGGAGUGGUUUUUUCGGAUAUUGCACCCAUUCGUCAUGUGGACCGAGGAGACUGCUACGCCGAGACAUCCGCCUCCCCCUCAUCAUGAGGAGUUCGUCGAGCCACCCAUCCCCGAGGUUUCAGUCGCGACCGAUCUCCCUACGCAUUCAGUGUUCACUGCGAAGGAUGUCAGGGGAUGGCUGAGGAUUUAG